AGGAAAGCGUUGAGUGCCCACCUGUUUCGAGUGCCGCCCGCAGGGGCGCGAGCAAUGUCAGCAAGGUCUUGCAUUCUUCACCCACGUCUUUGAAAGCCUCAUGACCUUGGCCUGGCGAGGCGUGGCAGCGGCGGCGUCGUCAUGUCUGUGCGCCCUCGGGGCUGGAAUGCCGUCGCUCGAGGAGAUACCGAAUGACACCUUCUUCGUGAUGCGCCCGCCCGUGGGCGGCGGGGCAUACUGCGGGGACGGCUCGCCCUACCACUUCCUCGUGCGCAAGGGGACGACCAAUGUCAACAAGGUGAUCGUCGACUUCAUUGGCGGCGGCGCCUGUUGGAACGAGAGAUGCGUGAAUGAUAAUGCGGCAGUGCAGGGGCUGUCGUCCACUAGCUUUGUCAUGCAGUCGGCCGCCUUGCUGCAUGGCCUGACCACGUCGCAGGCGAGCGAGAUCGUCAACUCCAUGAACCUUCAGGUCAUAGGGGUGUCGAGUGAAGUCCAGGUCGCCGACACCGCGACUUGGACAUACAUUGCCGUGCUUUACUGUACGCAGGACGUCCACGUGGGUGCAUGCACCACCACCUACCAGCUGCCCGACGGCUCGGCUAACCGCACAGUGCAUCACAACGGCGCUGCGAACGCACGCGCCGUGAUGAACUGGGUGUACGACAACUUUCCGAAGCCCGAGGUGCUCGCCUUCAUGGGCUGUUCCGCGGGUGCCUCGCUCGCUCCGGUGAUCGAGGUGAUGCACGCCAAAAGCCGCUACGGGGCGGACACGACAAUUGUUGCAUUGGGGGACUCGGCAAGUAAUCUUCUCACUGACAAAUUCGUGAUGGACGGUCUGCCAAGGUGGGGACCGCAUGCUGUUUUCGACGAGAUCCCAGGCUUCUUUCUCGAAGGGAUGCCCUCGAACCUGCACGGAGAUCUGACGUCCACCGCUCUCUCUGCAGUCUUUUCGCUGUACCCCGACGUGCAGUUUGGGUAUUUCACACGGACAGAUGACCAGAUCCAGGCGUAUUUUGCGAACGAGAUGGGCGGGCUGAUCCCCUCGGAGCUGGACCUGGAUGCCAGGCGGGAGUUCUGGAAUCUGCACAACCUCGCCAUGCUAGAGGGCCUGCAGGCUGCAAACCCGAACUUCCGCACCUUCGUCGCGGCCGGCAACGACCACUGCACCACGACGUUCGACCACGCGCUGCAGGAGCCGGGCUUCCUGGCGUGGCUCGAGGACCUGCUGAGCGGCGGCGCUCCGCCCGCCGUCGCCUGCUCGAGCUGCACCCUCGCGGACGUACCGGGCUGCGACGGCGUGAACGGCUCGGGCCGGAUUGAUGACCGCUGCGGCGUCUGUGGCGGCAGUGGCACGAGCUGCGCGGCGAGGAGCGUCACGGCGGCACAGCUGUCGUGCGCUGUGGAUGCUUCCGAGGGCGACCCCGAAGAGUCCGCAGAGCUGCCCGCGUCCAGGUCCCCGGGUGGGGCCCGCUCAGCCUCGUGGGUGUGCGCGGGCGCAGUUGUCUGCGGCUGGCAGAUCGUCCGGAGCCUGCGAUUUGCACAGUGAUUCCCUUGCCACUGACGCCGCCUCCACCAGGCAGCUGCCCUGCCGAUUCUACUCUCGUCGGCUUUGUCCCUGGUCUUCGUUCCAAGCCAGCGUCGGCAGACCUACCUUUGACGAGACACGUCCUCUGAGCCGUCUUGCUUCCGAGCAACAGUUGUAUGCCAUCAGCUCUUAUCCCUUGGUCCUUUUCGAACCGGUGUGGAAUUCGGCGGCAACACUCUCCAAGGAGAGUUGGAGCUGUCUUCUGCCCAAUUGCGCGCUGUGACCUUAGUUCGAAUGGCGCACUGUCUUGUGCCGAAUGGCGCCGAUACUGUACCUUUCGUUCCGUGACAGUCGGGCUGUGAGAGCCCCUAGUUUGGGACGGUUUCCAUAUCUCGCGUGUCGCCCGUCGGCGCGUCGCCAUCUCUGAUGGCGUUCCGGAUUCCAACUGGAUGCAAUGUGCUCACACUUACCGGCUGGAGCUUUUGUCCAGACCAGUCUGGCGAAGUGCUCGCAGCUCAUUUGCAGAGUCGGAAGACUGGCACCUGGGCCGUCUCAACAGUCGAAGCGCGUGGUGGCAAGCGGAAAG